GACCGCGGCCACUGGCCCUGCGGCUGCCACAGCUGCCCGAGAUCCACACCUCGCUCCUGACCUUCCCCGCCCGCCCGCUGAGCUCUUCUCUUCCCUCUCCCUUUUCUUCCCUCCCUCCCCUCUCUCCUGCCCAGUUCCUCUGGCUCAUCUCGGAAAAGAGGCAGCUGAGCUCAAGCUCUCUCCGGAGCAGGAGCCCCUGGGCGCUCCUUUAUCUCUCUCCAGCUCCAGACGGCCUUGGGGAGCCAGGAACUCCUGGGUUCUGGGGCCCUUUGCCUAGGCACCCCCCCCCAGCUUUCCCCAGCUCCUGCCUACCUCCCAGCUACUUUCUUCCUUCCUCCCUCUCCAGCCUUUCUUCGCAGGGAGCCCCGGACUCCUGGGUCCCUCUGCGGCAUCCCCUUUUCAUUGUCCCUCCGUAGGUUUUAUCCUCAGUCCUGCUUUCCUUUCCCUCCCUCCCGUCUUCCUUCAUUCCUUUGGCUCUCCUCAAAAUUUGGCCGGGCGGCGGCUGGGGGCCCGGGGCUGGGGGAGCCCUAGGGUACAGGGUGGAGCGGGCGGGGCCCCGCAGGAUGUAUCCCCAAGGCAGGCCUCCGGCCGGACAGCCCUUCAAGUUCUCUGUCUUGGAGAUCUGCGACCGCAUGAAGGAGGAAUUUCAAUUCCUGCAGGCUCAGUACCACAGCCUCAAACUGGAGUGUGAAAAACUGGCCAGUGAGAAGACUGAGAUGCAGCGUCAUUACGUCAUGUAUUAUGAGAUGUCCUAUGGCCUCAACCUGGAGAUGCACAAGCAGGCAGAGAUUGUGAAAAGACUCAGUACCGUCUGUGCCAAGAUCAUCCCCUUUGUGAAGCAGGAGCACCAGCAGCAAGUCCUUCAGGCUGUGGAGAGGGCCAAACAAGUGACCACAACAGAGCUGAACAGCAUUAUUGGGCAGCAGCAGUUACAGCACCUGUCCCACCACAUUCCACCUGUACCCUUGACCCCCCACCCUGCAGCAGGGCUGCUAGCUCUGUCUGGAGCCCUGGCCACCCAGGUCCAGCUGGCAGCCACUACCACUACCACUGAUGCUACUACCAAGGAGGAUCAGAGGAUCCCAGGCACCGGGGAGCCUCCAGCAGGCAGAGGCCACAGCAGCCGGGUCCCUCCCAGCUCUGAUGGUCUCUGGCCAGGGCAAGAGGGAAUAAACAAGGAGAGAAGAGAAGGGGCUGUAGGCUGGGCUGGGGAUUUUCCAUUACGGAUAUGCCUCAUUAUCCCUUCCAGAAACCUAUCCCCUUCACCCCCAGAGAGCCUAGUGGAGGAAGAGUGGCUCAUUGGUCAGACAUGCAAACAGGAAGAGAAAGAUCCUCUAGGAAACUACGACAGCGACGGUGACAAGAGUGAUUAUAAUCUGGUGGUGGAUGAAGAUCCUGUCUCGGAACCCCCCAGCCUGGUGCCCACACCCAGCCCGAAGCUACUAACCCACCCAGAUCUGCCCGACAGCCCAGCUUCUUUGGCCUCUUUGGCUUCAAGCCAGGCUACACUGACCCCCAAAGGCAAGGAUCCCAGCCUGAAGCUGUUUUCUGUCAGCACGCCUCCAAUGGGUAAGCCCAGCAGCUCCUCCUCCUCUCCAGACGCCUCCACCCCUGGCCCCAGCUUUGCCAGCCACCUCCGUCAGCUUGGCACCAAACCACGGCCUGCUGCAGACGGUGCUGGUGAGAAACCUGGCCUCCCAUCCACCUCGACCCCAGCUCCUGGGAGGGGCGAGUCAGCCUGCGAAAGAUGGAUGAAGACUGUUUGGUGGGAGCAGGACCUCACUGACUCAGACUGUGGGCUAAGGGAAACAAGGGAGACUGAAAAUUAAGAAACCUGGGGUCAACUAUCACAUCCAUCACUAACUCACUGUAUCACCUUGCGCAAAUAUGUUCCCCUCUCUGCACCUCUAAAAUGGUUGGGGGGUGGGGUGGAGGAGAACUAGAAGAUGAAUAAGGUCACUUCUAACUCUAAUAACUUUUAAGUUCUAAGGGCCCUCCCAGCUCUGACAUCCUGUGUCCUAAGGGCCCUCUCAGCUCUGACAUCCUGUGUUCUAAGGG